AUGGGCAUUUCUGAACUUUUCCUCAUCGCUUCAGGCGCCAUCCAGCUAUCUACACUCUUGCUUCAAUUCCGAUACAACAACUUCAGAAAAUCCAUAGCUGGUCUAUCAUACGAUUACAUCACUUUGCAAUGUCUUGCACUAGUUGCAUCGACAUCUUCCACAAUCCUAUAUGCUUCACUGCGCGUGUCGUCCCUUUACACCGCGAGGUUCAACGUGCCGACGCCCCCCAUAAGUUACCCCACGCUAUUCAUCGAGUUGGUGCAACUCGUGCCCUGCGCUUUGUUAUUGACGCAACAACUAUGGACUUUGCGGGCGACGAAGCAGUUCUAUCAAGGCUGCAGUAGACACAUGGCUGGUUUCAUCCUAUUCACUUGCAUUCCGUUCUUUUAUUUCGCCAAAUGUUGCUUCAUGGGCCAGGCCAAGAUCAACUUGUUGGAUGUGAUCGACUCGAUUUGGCUUUUGGGUAAAAGUUGGGGCGCGGUGUGCUUGGUGCCUCAAGUGGCCAACAACUGGUUUGCUGAGUCUACGCUUGGUCUUUUCCCGCAUUGGAUGGUUUUCGCUGUGGCGACUGUGGGGUUGGAGACUUUGGCGCGAUGGAGUCAAGGUAGUUGGACGGAGAUAAGCGUCAACUCGCCUAGCUGGCCCACGAUUGUCUUGCGUGGAUCUACUAUUGGAGCUAUAGCAUUGCAGGGUAGGGCCUAUGGAGAUCCAGAUGAGCCAGUGCAUUACAAAUCGGUAUGA